GGCGCCCCCCGGGCCGUCGCCCGGCGCGGGGGCCAUGGCGUUCACCUUCGCCGCGUUCUGCUACAUGCUCACCCUGGUGCUGUGCGCCUCCCUCAUCUUCUUUGUCAUCUGGCACAUCAUAGCCUUUGACGAGCUGCGGACCGACUUCAAGAACCCCAUCGAUCAGGGGAACCCAGCGCGGGCACGCGAGCGUUUAAAAAACAUCGAACGCAUCUGCUGCCUCCUGAGGAAGCUGGUGGUCCCAGAAUACUCCAUCCACGGCCUCUUCUGUCUGAUGUUUCUGUGUGCAGCAGAGUGGGUGACCCUGGGCCUCAACAUCCCCCUCCUCUUCUACCACCUCUGGAGGUACUUCCAUCGUCCUGCGGAUGGCUCCGAGGUCAUGUAUGAUGCGGUCUCCAUCAUGAAUGCUGACAUCCUCAACUACUGCCAGAAGGAGUCCUGGUGCAAACUCGCCUUCUACCUGCUCUCCUUCUUCUAUUACCUGUACAGUAUGGUUUAUACGUUGGUGAGUUUCUAAGGGGGAAGCCGGCCAGGGAGCAAGCCCAGAAUGGACCGGACGCCUGUGCACCCCCAGCCCUGCCCCUCGGCCGCAGAGGCCUCAGCCCCGGGGAGGGAGGGGGCACUGGUGCCCCCAGCCUCCUCUCCACGCCCCCCCCCCAAACUGCUGCUGCGGGGACCUCCCGCCUUCAGAGCCCCCUCCCCUUGGACUAGGGCUGGGCAGAGCUCUAAAUAGGGGCAGGGGCUCCUCUGCCAGCCUGUAGGCAUGGCAGUCAGUCUUGGAAGGGGUGGAACCUCCAGCCUUGUCCACUUCGGUGGGGGGGGGGGGGGGGGACACGGGCCCUGCCAAGGGGCAGGGCUUGACCCUGGAAGUUCUAGGCCACCCCCCUCCACCCCCACCCUGAGGCUCCCCCUGCAGGUGGGGGGGGUACCCACACCGGGAAUGAGCAGGCUCAGCAGGGGGGCAGCCCCACCCCUAGUCUGCCCUCUCCCCUCCCCCAGGCUCUCUCUCCAGAUCUCCCCCUUCCCCAUUCCCACUUGCCCCAACCCCAGCCUGUCCUGUCUCUUGGACCUAUUUUCUAUGUUGCCUGGAGGAGUCCGGCACCCCCUCCCCGGCCAUUUGUGACAAAAUAUGAAUAAACUACUGCAAACA